CAUAAACAUCCGGAAUAUGGCGAGUAAGUGAAUUUAAAUUCGACUUAUGUAAUCGCUGUGUUUGUAAUGUUUUCACUACGAGUUUCACUAUCCAAAUUCCUGAACUGUUUUCUACACGUUCUUUGCUUCACUGUGCUUGUAUUGGGUGACGUUGACAACGCGUUUAUUGAUGUGAUGAGCCAAAGUGAAGACGGACAAAACAGCUCGUUUGUAAAUGUUGUCGGAAAGUUCGCCAGAAUCGGCGCGAUAAAACAGGUCGAAGGAGAGUUAAAUGAGAUAGAUGCUUGUGAUCCAGAUGAUUCUGAACAAGACCAAGAUGAAUCUCAAAGCCCUCAAACAGAUGAAACACAGAGCUGGAUUGGUGUUAUUCACAUUCCUGUCCUGGAUUAUUACAAUGCUCGUGGAUCAAAGUUCUGUCCUGUUUUGGAAAGGGUGAAGAAAGCAAUGUUACUGGGUGCCUCAGCAAUAAUUAUCAUAACUUUGAAUCACAGAGUGUUUAGAAAGCUUGACUUAGCUCAAAUGUUUUCAAGACCCAUCAUAAUGGUAAAUGGAACUAAAAGUGUUUCUAAAGUAUUGGAGGCUCUCAAAAAUGGAAAACACAAUCUGAGAGCAAAGAUUUCCCAUAACUCAUCUGUGGUUGAAUUAAAGUUACUUUCCACGCUAACACUUUGGGCUACCUGUGGUCGGCCCAGUGGAUGGGAAGGUGUGGUCUGCCUGGGAAACCCUGAAAAAAGCUCAGAGGAGGUGAACUCUCAAUUCACCAGCUCUGUUGUGUUCUUUACGUCAGUGCUGUUCUGUCUUUUAGUUUUCAAGACUCAGCUGAGCCAGUUUCUUCAUAACUAUUGGAUUUCCAAAAAAGAGGAAAUGCUAAGACAAGAGGCAGUCGAAGCCAUAGCGAAACUAAAGAUAAGAAAAUUCAGAAGAAGAGUAAAAGACUCGUCUCGUUAUGCUAUUAAACAAGUUGAACAGGAGAGGAGAGAUUCUGAAGUGUGUGCUGUUUGUUUAGAUGAGUUUCAAAAUAACCAGCUCGUGCGCACUUUGCCGUGUGGUCACGAGUUCCAUUGUGAAUGUGUGGAUCGUUGGUUGCUGGCAAAGAGGACCUGUCCAUUGUGUAAAGGAAACAUUUUAGAAUGGCUUUGUCGUUUGGAUACCAAAUACCACAUAACAAGAAACAACAUGACGGAGACUGUGGAGAACGAAACAGUUCAGCGGCAGCUGGGGACACUUCGAACGUCUCCUAUGAAGUGCUCUACUCAAAGAAACAAUAUUGCGUCGUCAAAUGCUAACUGUGAUACAAACGAGUUUUUCCGACGUGGAACCAGGAUAUAGAUUCUCAGGUCUUGAGCAUUUUGGAAGGGGUUUGCGAAAGAAAUGCUUAAGGUAUUGGAAAUAUAGAAAUGUUCGGUUAGAGAUUCUAGAUAAUUUGAUUCAUCAUGGUGUAAAGGAAUUCACUUAAUAAAGCA